UGCUCAAGUCCUCAUCUGAUCAUCUCCCGUUACAGUGGCAAGUUCCUGCCUUACGCAAAAUGGUAGAACCUUCGUAAUCGUCAAUCUAUUGUAUUAUAAUUACAAAAAAUACCAAGGAAUCCUGAUGCAAUAGUUUCUGCCAGAUAUUUCGAUUCAGACCAGGAUAUGAUGAAUAAGUCGCCUAUGUGGUCGAAUGCCACCUAACCAUAUCUACUACAAAGAACCAUGAUGUCCAGCUCAUCUUCAUCUUCUGAAAGCUCUUCUCGGACGCACAGCCUUUCUUCAACCUCCUUUUCGUCUUCUAGAUCUAGUUCAUCCUUCUUCUAUCACGGUUCUGAUGCUUCCAGCUUACACACGGAAGUUUCGAACAGCCCCCCAGGAUCUCCAAAUCUGCAAACAUCAUCCCAGAAGACUAAAGAUUUUAUUGCUGCCGCAUCUGCAAAGCUGUCCAAAGCUCGCGAGCAGGUCUCGCACGCGCUCAGCGACGUCACUCCUAAGGAUUCAAUGUUCCGUUCUCCUAUAAACCCCGCUAUUGUCGAGGAGGAUGUGGGAUAUGAUUCAGAUGGUGAUAUUCGCGGGUCGAAUAUCAAAGUUCCUUCAAGCCCCCAGAAGGCAAGACCCAAGUUCUUACGAGUGGACACAAAACAACGCAAACGAGCUGCUUCCAUUCUCCACUCAUUCAGUGUCACCACCAAAGCCGUCACUCCUAACUCAAAUACUAUCAACAAACGUUCGCUCGCUCGUCUUGAUACUAUUUCUAAUACACGUGCUAUUCCGGAUUACGAGCUCACCACUAUGACACAAUCGAAGCCGCCUGCUGGACUUGGCCUAACUCUACCGUCAGUCUAUCUUUCGAAGCCCAUCCCUCGCGCCUGCACAAUGCCAACCAUGAAGUCCUCCUCUGGACACAACAUGAAAGACUCACCUCUGCACCGCCCACUGCAGACUUCCAAUCCGUGUGAGCCACCAAAGGUCUACCUUCGCCCCAUAGAGCUUCCUGGUACACCAUCCCCUAUGGAGUGCCUGCCUCCCAGCGUCAUCCCGUGUGAGGGUCUGAGUGGAGUGGCUAAGAAACCCUCAUCUGUGCUUCGUUCGCCGACCGAACGAUUGUCACCACUCUGGACGUUCCCUCCCCUCAUGGGCUUCGCACCACCUGAAACAGUGCCUCAAAGUCCCCUGAUACUUGGUGGGGGUGGAGGUGGAGGCUGGAACCCAUACUUUCCUUCUAUCUAGCACUAAUCUGGAUAGUUUAUACAGUACCAUCGAACAACCUGCACGUAAAGCUAGAUGAUAAAGUACAUAUACAUGUCGAUGAUAACGACCUGUUCACGUAUAUGUAAAUAAACAAUAUUUGCAGAAUAGAGCGCAUAACAUGUCACUAUAUGAUAGCGACAGGGAGACCCAUCGCGAUUCGGCUGAUA